UUAGUGGAAGUAAAAUUAGAGGGUGGAUGGGUUGUUGGUCCAUCAAAAAAAAAAAUUCGCCACACCACUGUUUUAAUGUAAUACAAAUUAAAAGCUAUGGCGCUUAACUGAAAAGUAAUGUAAACAAGGUUGACAAGUGAAGAUCUGAUAAAAAAAAACUUACUAUGAUCUGUCCAGCAAGAGAACACCAAAACUGACCAAAACUGGUUCUCUCACGCAACACCCUGUCAUAGGGGAACUGGUUUCGAUAGCAAGGAGAUACGGGGGGAUAUGUAGAACUGGGGCGUUCUCUUGCUGGACAGAGUAUAGGAAUAUUCUAUUAAAUUUUCAAAUGUCUUAUUUAUAAAAAUGUUUUUUUCAUUGCUAAUAUUUGAAAAUUUAAUAGAAUAUUCCUUAUAAGUUUUUCUUAUUAUAUCUUCACAAAAAAAAAAAAGUUUACCGGAAAGUAACUCCAUUUAUAGCCAUAAUAAAUGUUUGGUUUUCAAUUAAUUUUAUUUUAAUUAUUAAAUUUGAUUAUUUAUUCAAGUAUGCUGGGUUGAUCAUCUCUAAGAAUCAUUUUUCUUAUAUAAUGAUUUUAUCAUUUAACACGUCCAGUACAAUGACAUACUAUUUACUAUAGACCAGCGGUUCUCAACUUUUUUAUAACCACGUACCACCUACAUAGUUUGAACAUUUUCAUAUACCACUUGACCAAAUAACGUUUUUUUUGCUUAUCAAAUAUUUUAUUUUACAUGUAGACGGAAUUUUAUUUUAUGAAGAACUACAAAAUGAUGAUAAUAAUAUAAGCAUUUAAUGCAUAAAAAGAAAAUUAAAUAUAUACAAAUAUAAUUUAUAUUAUUAUCAAAUUUUUGGGGAAUCAUCCAUUACAUUUUCAAAAGUUACAGGAUAAAUAAAUAAAAAAAAAGAACCAUUGUAAAACCACUAGAUCCCUCGCUCCGCUCAGAAUCUAAAAAUAAAAAAAAUGAAAACUGACAAUGGUCCGUAAACAGCUCAAAAAGAGUCAACUAAUGAACUGUAUGAACUUCAAACGCUCAUAAAAAUUAAAUUUGAUUUGCUUGUAGGCAUUUAUUUUUGAUAAAGGUAGACAAACUUAUGGUGAACUUUGUAUUACAUUUUCAAAUCUUAGAUUUAAAUAGAAAAAUUUCUUACUGAAAAUAAUUUGCACAUUUUCGUGAAUUAUAUGAAAUUUUAUGUAUUUUGUCAAGAUUUGAACUUUAAAUACUUAUAAAAAAAAAACUGUGACUAAGGAUUUUUAAUAUUUUUCAAAUGUCAUUGCAAUAAUAUAGUAGGAGACUUGUAUUAAAUUUUCACGUUUUUUACCCAACAAAUAAAGUUUUAUUGACAUUUAUAAAAAAAAGACUAAUAAAAUGGAAACUGAAAAUGUUUAUAAACAGUUCAAUACAAAUCAAAAUAUUUUGAAUUCAUGUGAAUAUAAACAAACAGUGAAAAUGUCAUGUAUACGUUCAUUUGUUAAAUUUAACAAAAACCAAAAUCGAUUUUGCGUAAAAAUUCCUGUUUUUUCUUAAUUAUUAUGUUGUUUUUCUCGAUGCUUUUGAAAACUAUUUAGAAUUUUAAAAUUUGACCUCCCAAAUACACCAACUAUAUUCACUUUCCCAUAAAUCAAGAUACUGUUGAAGAAAACAGUGGUUACAGACACAAAAAUAAUAAAUAAAAAAAUAAAACAACACACAUCAUUGUAAAAUCAAUACAUUCAUCGCUCUGCUCGGAUUCUAAAAAAAAGCCGGGCUAUGAUGCAUUUAAAAAUAUUUCCUAGGUAUAAUGAUGAUAACUCUAGGCUUUUUCGGGCAUCAUUGAUAAAAAUUUUAAAUCAAUUCAAAAAAAAAAUCUAAAAUGUAUCGUAAACUGGUUGUUAGAUAAACUCUAAUUUUAAGUAUAGGUAGGUACCUACUUAUUAUAAGUUGUAAACUUAGUUAUGUAUGUAAAAGUUGAAAUAAUGUAUUUGUAAAUUUUAAAAAUUAGAAACGGCCUUGCGUUGUAAAGUCGAUUUAUCAACAAUCGGUAGGUACCUGGUACUAUGACAAGUAACAAUAACGUACUUUCCGACUCUAAUAGGUACCUAUGUCUAUGGUCGUACAUUAGCCACAAAACGUAUAGGUACCUCCUAUACAACGAUUAAACUGAAAGUAGCAUAAUAUUAUUGCCAAAUUAUAAGGUACCGACAAAAAUACACUUGCGACAAUAACGUAGCUAAAUAGCCUAUACAGAGUUCCGUGUUAUCGUUAUUAUAAAAUACUUGAAAGACUUGAAAGUUGAAGCUAUUCAACCUAAUAAUAUAUUAAAUAGGUAUAUAAAUAAAUAAUAAUACACAUUUCAUAUUUUAACCAAGUAGAUUCAAUAACUAAUAUUUUUACGGUAGGAACUAUUUAUGAAAAACCUUGUUUAAAAUGUUCAACAUUAGCUAUCUAUAUAAAUUAAUCAUUUUAUAAUUGUUCAACCUACAAAAUAAUAUGCAAUUUUUCGUGAUUUUAUUAACAUUUGAACUUUCAAACCAAAAUUGUACUUGUGUAUCUUUAAUAUUUUUGAACUGCUGUUAUAACAACUUACGACGAACCUUGUAUUUAAUUGACAAGCUUUUUGAACCAGAAAACAUUUUUUUUGGCGAUAUUUAUAGAAAAGAAAUUUAAAAUAUCAAUUGACUAUAAAUAACUCAAAAUGAUUCAAAAUAUUUUAUAAGUAUUAUGUCUGUAGUAUAAAUAUAUAUAAUAUAUAGAUUGUCAGGUCAAAAUUUACUAUUAUAGGAAAAUGUCAUGCGUAACAAAACCUACAUUACAAUAUUAAGCUUAACAUUUUACAAUAAUAGUAAUAGGUUUUUUUAAAAUAUUUUUUUGAGCGUCAUUUAAUUUGAGCAUAAAUUAACACUAAUAUUUUAUGAGUCAAAAUCACGAAAUUUUGCAAAUUAAAAUUGAAUUGAAGAUUCCUUAGAAAUGUUCUGCCUUCAACCAAUAAAAUGACUACCUAUACUGGAAAGGCAAAUUAAUUAUUUAUGAGUGUUCAUUUAUGAAGUUUGUACGAAUUGAACCGGCUGCUGUAUUCACUCGAUUUCUCUUUUAACGAUUUUCUUAAUUGUUAUCCAAAAAUGAAUAACUGUGUAGGUACUUGAAAUUUAUACCAAAAUAUGUUUAUUUUAUCAGUUUCAAUACUUGAUAAAAUUUCGGACCGAAGCAGCCGGGUGCCCGCCGCGCCGCCAGAGGGUCUCGCGUGUCGGCGACCUCGAGCGCGCGAAGUCCGCGAUCUCGUCACGCUUACCGCCGAUCACCCCAAAAGUGCACUGUCGCGUACCUAAACCUCGGCCCCCACGCCAUCGCCUCGCCUUGUCCGCUGCCCUCGGUCUGGGGGAAACUCUCGGACGGUUUCACUUCGGGGAACAACAGCAGAAAACGCGUACGGCCUUCGUGAUACCUCUCCACGCAGCGGACGCGAUCCUCGCCGCCGUCCGUCUGCGCGUUUUGCUAGACUUGCCCCGCGGGUCCAACCAAUCAAGUCUCCAAAGCUGUUCUUGACCUCAGCUCCCCUGGCCGGGGUGACGAAUUCCGUCUCAUCACCGGGCCCUUCCACCGCCGCCUUUGAUCCAUUCAACCGGUCGAUCAGUACGAGUACUGGAUUCGCCUUGAAGGGUUUCCGACGAGUCACCGCCCGCGAACUGGGCCGCAUAAUACAGCAGGCAUUUAUGAGCAUUUAUGAUUUGAUCUACAUCUACUUGAUUUACUAUGUCUCGUUGACACUGCAUUAAGAAUAAUAAUUCUAAAUUGUCUUGUACAAUAGUAGACCUUAAUCGUGUUUUUAACAAUUUUAGUUUCGAAAAUGACCUUUCACUCGUCACUAUUGUGUCAGAGGCAGCGGUCAGUAAUAUUUAUACGCUUUGUACAAUUCCGUGUGUUGUAAGGAAUACAUUUUAUAAUAUACAACGGAGCUAAACGCGUUCUCCUGAGCGUAAAUUUGCGUACAUUUUUAUAUAACUAUAUAGUCUAUAUAUAUAUAUAUCAUAAUAUAUCUGUCUAUCUUAUAUAUAUCUAUCUAUGUAUACUAUAUAUCAUGGUUGGUACAUACUUUAUUAGGGUUCCGUACGGUAAAACGACUAAAGCCAUUACUAAGGCUCCUCCAUCCGUCCGUCUGUCACCAGGCUGUAUCUCAUGAACCAUGAAAGGUAGAAAGCUGAAAUUUUCACAGAUUAUGUAUUUCUAUUGCCGCUAUAACUGCGAAAUAUACUAAAAAUCCUAGAAUAUAUAAUGCAAGCAGUGUUGCCAACAUAUUUAUAGAUGAUGGUACGGAACCCUUCGUGCGCGAGUCCGACUCACACUUGGCCGGUUUUCUAUGGUUGGUACUUAGCAAUGAGUACCAAGUAUGAUAUUAUUAUUAUAUCUUAUUAUAUCGUGUUCAGUAUUCACUAUUCACAGUUCGCCAUUUAAGUUCGUAUUUCAGACAUUCGGUAAUCUGGUAAUCGGCAAUGGAGAAGUUAACUAACAAAAGUUCUAGAAGAUCAUUAUUUGAUAGGUUUUCAGAAGAAAUUAACAAUGAAGAGUCUACAUCUGCUUUUUCAAAUAAUAGAGAAACGAUGAACAUGGAUGAUGAGAAUUCAUCAAUUUAUGAAAACACUAAUUUGAACAAACAUGAAUGCGAAGCUAAGCUUAAAGCAUUUGAUGAUGCAUUUGAAACAAUUUAUGGCAAUAAUGAAGUGAAUUUGAUUCAAGUCCUGCAAAUGGCUGAAGAAUUGCAAGUAAAUUGUAUACAUUUGAUAAAUUUAGUUAAGAUUCAAAUCAAAUCAACUGAAGUUGAAAAGUUAAGAUCGAAAUUAUAUUUACUGGAAAACAAAUAUCUUAAUACUAUAAAUAAGUUACAACUUGAAGUCACAAAAUUAAACUUGCAUCUCAAACAGCAAUCUUCAUUUAGUUGUAUUAUUGGGUCUACAUUUUGUUACUCUUUGUCAAAAGCAACUCAAACAUCUUCAGCGAUUGAUAUGGUUUUACAAGAAGAUUGCAUAACAAAUAUGGCUCAAUUAAUAACUAAUAUGCUUAGUUCUUUUAUUCGAAGAUAUAAUAACAAGAUGCCAUCAAUAAAAACAAAUGAAAUGAAAUUUGUGUUACAUAUGUUAAGAAUAGUAGCUAACCUAUCAACCACAGAAAGUGGUUGUCAUUUUUUUUCACAAGUUAAUGAUGGAAUUAAUAUUGUUAACCUUGUUGUGUCUUUGGUAUUGUACACACCUCCUUCACAUGGUGUUUUAAAAAAGAUUGCUUAUACAACAUUGUAUAAUGUGAGCAAUCAAUUUAAUGGACACUCACUUAUGGAAAACAAUAAACUCAUACAAACAUUAAAUAAUGACAUCAAAUUAGUACAUAGCAAGGGAAAUAACAGUAUAAUAUUGUUCUCUUUAAAUUUGCUACUUUCUCUAACUGAAAAAAUUAAUAAAUCAAUGUACACAAUUCUUAAGAAUGAAAUAAAUUUAGAAGAAAUACUCAAACUAACAAGGUAUACAGAGACAGAAUCAACAGCUAGAAAAAUAUUGAAUAACAUUAAUAUUGCAAGUGAAAAAUAUAAUGAUAAGUCUGAAUAACUAUUAGAUAAAUAUAAAAAAAAAUUUAAUACCUGCUUACAAAUAAAAGAUGAUAUUAUUAUUUUUUUUUUUUUGAAACAUUGAAUUUAUUUAUUAUAUUUAGUAGUACCUAUAUACCAUAAUAUUAUAAUGAAUAAUAAAAAAUGCAUUUUUUAUGUAUAACUACAAUACUAUUAAUACAUUCAUUCUUUAUGUAUUCUUACAAUAAAUAUCAAAAUAUUUAUUUAUAACUAAUUGUAAAACUUUUACUAAAUUUAUAUUUAUGUAUUCAAUUUUGUU